GAGAGAUGAGGAGCAGAGCCCAGUGUGCACCAUGCCAGCCGGCCUCCACCUGUUCCUGGCCGCCCUGCCUCUGCUCACCCUUCUAGGACAGCCUGUGGACUCCUAUUUUGGGCUAACUAGCAAGGAGUCACUCUCACACUACACUUCACCCUCAUCUGUAAUUGGCAGCAACCACAAUCGACCCCACCUCAAACAGUGUGAUCUGCUGCCCCUUACACGGAGGCAGAAGAGAUUGUGUCGAAAAGAACCAGGUUUGGCAGAAGCACUGAAGGAAGCAGUUCGUUUGGGUAUUGUGGAAUGCCAAUACCAACUGCGCAGUGAACGCUGGAACUGCAGUCUACAAGGCAGGGGGAGCCUCUUAAAAAGAGGAUUUAAAGAGACAGCCUUACUAUAUGCAGUGUCUUCUGCUGCUUUAACUCAUUCGCUAGCUAAGGCUUGCAGUGGAGGUAAAAUGGAACGUUGCACAUGUGAUGAUUCUCCAGGGCUAGAGAGCCAGAGAGCAUGGCAGUGGGGGGUCUGUGGAGAUAAUCUACGUCAUAGCACUCGCUUUCUUCAGAACUUCUUGGGCCAAAGAAAAGGAGGAAGAGACAUGAGAGCCAAGGUGGAUCUGCACAACACCAAUGCUGGAAUAAAGGCUGUAAAGAGUGGGCUAAAGACAACAUGUAAAUGCCAUGGAGUAUCCGGUUCCUGUGCUGUUCGCACCUGUUGGAAACAACUCUCCCCUUUCCACGAAACAGGAGCUUUGCUCAAAGCAAAGUACGACAACGCGGUGAAAGUUCUGGGAGCCACUAAUGAGGCAGUGGGAGGUCAUGAGUCUUUAGGACACUCCUUUGGCCGUUCUCCACGAUCCACUGAUCUAGUCUACUUAGAGGAUUCUCCCAGUUUCUGUCGUGCCAGUCGCUUUUCACCUGGUACUGCCGGGAGAGUGUGUUCUCGGGAGACCACCUGUGACAGUCUGUGCUGUGGAAGAGGGUACAACACGCAGAGUCGUAUGGUCACCUUUUCCUGCCACUGCCAAGUGCAUUGGUGUUGCCACGUGGAGUGUCAGAAGUGUGUACAGCAACAAGACACCUAUACCUGCAAACAGUGACAUUAAAGUGGAGGAGAGAAGAGAGACCACAGACUUGAAAGAGGUGGUUCGCCUCUUAUCUUCCAUCUGACUAGACUGCUAUUACAUGUGCCCUCCUCUAAUUUUUGGACGGAUGGACCUUGUUGGAAGGUGUUUAGGCAUCAAAUACUUUCUGUUGCAUUGACUCCAUUGAUACUAUGGUUGGUGGGUCACAGAUCAAGCCAUGGUAUAUUAUAGCUUUUUGCAUGUCCCACAGGAUCAAUAACCACUAUCUGAUGAAUACACCAAUAGAUUACUGAUGUAUUGUAGUAGAAGCACACUGCAUGGACAAUGUUCUGAGAAAACUGUUAUUGUUAGUAAAUCUGCCUACAGUACCUUUCCCUAUUGGUGGGCUAACUACUGAUGCUGAAGAUUGUAGUGGAUGAAAAUUGAACUGUGUAGCAAAUUAUCAUAUAAUAGUAACGUGCAAGAGACAGAUCUAUCAUGUGUGAGAUGUCUAUAAAGGGUUGAAGUGGUGGAUGCCAAGUGUGCCCAUUAUAUACCCCCCCAUAAGUAACAGUUCAGGGGAAUCCAUAUUGUUUUUUCAAACUCACAGAAUUGGUCAAGUAGAAGGUGUCUUCUGAGGGACUCCCUGCAUCAGCUGAGGGAGCUGUAUAGCAGGUGCUCUUAGUUUUUACCUCUUCAAGCCUUUAUGGGCAUCUGUAUUUCAAGGGGUUAUCCCAUCUGGACAACCACUUUUUAGAACAAAGGCACUCAGUGAUCAACUGAUCACCACAGUCUAGUUUUUCUAGUCCUUGGUAAUCAGCUAUUAGCGUUGUGUGGACAUGGUACCGUUCAAAUAAAUGGGCAACCAUGUCAUAUAUGGUGGUAAGUCUAUUACAGUAGGCAUAGGCUACUUUGCACAGGCUUUCCAAUGUGGUUUAUAAAGGGGAGUACUGAAAAAUAGCUGCUUACUUACAAGAUGGAAAUCCGGGUAGUGGCAUACCUUCAAUGGAGGCAAACCAUGCAACUGCUACUUGAUAUGGGGCGGGGGACCUGGUGGUAAAGUCCUUCUUC